AUGAAGGCCUCGUCCACCAUCAUAGAGUUGCCGACGGCACCGUUCGUGUACUCCCACCACAUGACGGCUGCGGCUUCUGCUCAAGCUCCUGCUUCUCAAUCCCUACAGAACGAUAGUACCACGACUACCAAAGCUCCAGGUCUCGUUCAUAUUGCUCCUAAGCCAACAGACUCCCCCUUCAGCACGCCAGCCCCAUCGUUUCUGGGUCAAUUUCCGUCACAUACCUCUGUGGCACCGGCAUCUAAGCCUUCAUCCCCGGCAUCCGUGCCGAAAAGAACUCCAGGUUCAGGCCCUCGCCAACGGAAAAACGGCAGCCACCCUGGAAGGCGCAAGAAGCGCAGACGCGGCCAUGAUAGCGACAGCGAUGUUGUCCGGGCCGGUGAUUCCAGUUCGGAUGAAUCCGACGUUGCACCAAUAGCCACCCAGACCAAAUCUGGGCGGCAGGUGAAUCGACCAUCUCUCUAUGUACCUUCUGCUCCGUCGCCUUCCACUGCGAAAGAGAACAGUAACCCGCUCGACACAUCGGAUGGCGUGCAUGCCCAGGGUGCGGCACCCCGGAAGCGCAAGCGGGCCGUCCGUCGAACAAAGGACACAAACAUCACCUGCAUGCAUUGUCAGCGGGGUCAUAGUCCGCUCAGUAACGCAAUCGUGUUCUGCGAUGAGUGCAACCGCGCCUGGCACCAACUCUGUCACGAUCCCCCUAUCGCCGCCGAGGUCGUCACGGUCAAGGAGAAGGAAUGGCGCUGUCGAGAAUGCAAGCCCGUUCCGAUCUCCAUCGUGCAGCCGACAGUGGUCCGGAGCAACCCCAGUCUUGGGGUCUCGUCAUUGACGUUCGACCGUCCUAUCUUUCCUCCGACGGAAAUACCCAAGCUGGAGGUGGGCGCCGAGGGCUUCUCCACGGACGAGCGACGGGGUUUUCUGUCGUGCUUGUCGCAUUCGGCUUUGGUCGAGCUUCUGCUCAGAAUAUCAGACAAUCAUCCUACCAUACCCAUGUUCCCUGAAAAUCUCAAAUCUCUUCACUCGUCUAGAUUCGCUUUCCCACCAAAGAUCCCCACGCCAUCGCCAUCCACCUCUACGAACAAUUUUGGCGUCGGUCCGUCACUCGCUGCCAAUGUGAGUGAAAAGCUAGGACCUCUUCACACCCCCGACAUUCUCCCUACGCCCUCCUCCGACCAACGAGGACAGGAUGACGAGUCCGACUCGUCAUCAGAAUACGAAGUAGAAGACCAUCGUUUAUACCCGCGCGCCGGUAAUGGUUUCGGUCUUUCCUCCAAUGCCGACGACUUAGACAUCAUGCGCGAAGACCCAGCUUGUCCGACAUUUAGUUAUGCGUUACAUGGGCCUGCGCAAGUUCGUGCUCAGACGAACCAUCCGCCCCCAGUCUGGGGCGUAUAA